AUGGCGUCGGCCGCGCCAAUGGAUCAAUCCGACCAAGAGAAAGGCCCGCAAGUGGCUAUCGCAGAGAAACCCGCUGCUAUGCGCCCGGCAUGCUUCAACUCGACCCUCCAAGAAUGCCUUUUCGUUUUAACGGCGACAAUGGCUAUUGGCCAACAGUCUUUCUUCCAAGGGUGUAUCGUCGGCGUGACAGCGUCGAUCGGUUCGGAUUUGAACAUGAACUCGGCGGAAAUUACUUGGAUUAAUGCUGGUGCAUCUCUCUCCAGCGGCGCCUUCUUACUCACAUUCGGCAAACUAGCCGAUAUGUUCGGGCGCAAAGCACUCUUCAUUAUCGGUAUGGCGGGAUUUACCCUGGCCUUGUUAGUCGCAGGCUUCGCCACGAACGCAAUCUACAUGGACGUUUUCUCCGGAGUCCUAGGCCUCUUCGCCGCAGCUGUUGUUCCACCAGCCGUCGGGGCGUUGGGCGCUGUCUAUGAAAAACCCUCCAAACGAAAGAAUCUCGCAUUUGCCUGCUUCUCCGCGGGCAACCCGCUCGGCUUCGUUGGCGGCAUGAUUAUAUCUGGCGUCGCAUCGCACGAGUAUAAUUGGCGUGCAUCGUUUUGGGCUCUCGCGGUCGUUUAUGCUAUCUUUACUGCGUUGACGAUUUGGACUGUGCCGCCGGAUGGCUUUGCUCGGACGCCUCUGAGCAUGAAGGAGCUUCAGCGGUUCGAUUUGCUGGGCACGGCGCUGAUUAUUGUUGGGUUUGCUUUCUUUUCCAGCUCGCUUUCAUUGGCUGGUGAUGCUCCCGAUGGCUGGCGAACGGGCUAUGUGCUCGCCCUUUUUAUCGUCGGUAUCGUUCUUCUCGUCGCAUUCAUCUACUGGCAAUCAGUCGCAAAGGACCCAUUGAUGCCUCUAUGGGUGUGGAAAGAUCGCAAUUUUUCCCUUCUUAUGGCAACUUUCUGUCUCGGCUUCAUGGGCUUCUCAGCCGUCACUUUCUACCUAUCACUCUACCUUCAAGAAAUCAAACACCUCACCGCGCUUGAUAUCACCGUACGCCUACUUCCCAUGGUAGUCAGCGGUGUCUUGGUCAACGUGGUCUGCGGCUUGAUCCUGCACCGUGUCAGCAACAAGCUCUUAACAGGUAUCGGCGCAUUGGCAUAUACAGCCUCCUUCCUGAUCUUGAGCUUCAUGAAAGAAGACGCCAUCUACUGGGCAUAUAUCUUCCCGGCAUUGGUACUUGUAGUUGUGGGCGCCGAUAUCCAAUUCAACGUCACGAACAUGUACGUCAUGUCAUCACUACCGCCAUCCCAACAAUCCAUCGCUGGCGGUAUCUUCAACACCGUCAGUAAGCUGUGCAAUAAUUUGGGUCUUGGCAUAGCGACUUCGGUGAAUAGUGCUGUCGCCCAUCAAAUGACCGCAUCUACACCGGCUAUUCGCCCUUAUCUAUCGGCGUUCUGGUUUUCUGCGGCGGCAGCCGGUGUCUCGCUUUUUAUGGUCCCUUUUCUAACUAUCGGUACUCAGGGUGGAGAUGGUCCCGAUGAUCAGGAUCAACAGGGGACAAGGGAUGGGAGUGAUUACAGUGAAAAGAGUGCUAGUGUGAAUCCCUCGGUAAUCGAGGAUUCUACGAUAUCUCCGGCUUCGCCGAAGGAGAUUGGAAAG